GUUGCAAUAAAACCCGAUUGAAACUGAAUAGUUGUUUAUCAGUCUGAAGUUUGAAGUGUACUACAAUUCAUUGUGUCCAAAAAUGGAGCAGACGGAAACGAUAACGUUAACCGUUAACGAAAAACAAUAUACAUUAAACACUAAUGAUGUAAAACCAGGAGACUCUCUGAACUCCUACCUUAGAGAUGAAUUGCACCUUAAAGGCACCAAGAGAAUGUGCUUUGAAGGAGGCUGCGGAACCUGCACGGUGGCUGUGGAAGAAACAGUGGAUGGCAAAUCUAAUGUCUAUUCGGUUAUGUCUUGUCUGAUGCCACUCUUAUCAUGUGACGGCAAGAAAAUUCACACUGUUGAGGGAAUUGGUAAUCCUAUAAAAGGAUACCACAAAAUUCAGAAAACACUUGCAGAAAAUUAUGGUACGCAAUGCGGUUUUUGCACACCCGGAAUGAUAAUGAAUAUGUAUGCCCUUCAUGAGUCUGGUGUCAAAACUGAAAGAGAAAUCGAAGAUUCUUUUGGAGGGAAUAUAUGCAGGUGUACAGGAUAUAGACCUAUAUUAAAAGCUUUUAAGGAACUAAUUGACAAAGAACCUAUUGCUGACAUAGAAGACUUAAAAAUUUGUCCUAGCACAGGAAAAACGUGCGCCAAUGGUUGUAAAAGUAAGCAAACUAAAGUUCUUGAACUUGGUGAUUCGAAGUGGGUCCAAGUUAAUUCUUUGCAAGAUUUGUUAUCUACGUUAAAAAGUAUAACAACCACCAAUUACAUGUUGGUAUCUGGAAAUACGGCUAAAGGUAUAUUCCGCAGUAUUGGCAACGCAGAUUUCUAUAUAGAUAUUCAGAACGUGCCUGAGAUUAGCGGGUACUGCAUCACAGAUAAAUCUCUAACUCUCGGUGGAAAUGUAAAUCUGACACAGUGGAUGCACAUAUGCCACGAAAAUUCACAAAAGACGAACUAUUCAUUUUUGAACACCAUUGAAAAACAUCUUGCUUUGGUAGCGACCGUACAAAUAAGAAAUGUUGGAAGCAUUGCAGGAAACUUAAUGAUAAAGUAUAAAUACAACGACUUUCAGUCAGAUGUUUUCAUCUUACUUGAAACUUUCAAAGCUUCAAUUAUAACAGUUGAUGUUCAUGGCAAGGAAACAUCUACCACUGCCCAAGAAUUUUUGAAACUGGACAUGACAAAACGUGUAAUAAAAUCCAUAGUAUUGCAUUCUGUGUCUGAUACCUUAAAAUUUGGUUCCUAUAAGAUUAUGAGAAGGGCACAAAACGCCCAUGCUUUGGUAAACGCUGCAUUUUUGGUGGAACUGAAUAGCGAAAAUAUUGUCCAAUCGGCUACAAUUGUAUACGGAUGUAUUAACAAGGACUUUAUACAUGCAAGUUCUACAGAAGCUUUGUUAAAAGGAAAAAGUUUAUUUAAUAAUGAGACUUUACAACAAGUUUUUGAUUCGCUAAAUAAAGAGCUUGUCUGUGACUAUACUCCGCCUGAUCCCUCUCCAGAAUUUAGAAAAAAUCUAGCAAUAUCUUUGUUUUAUAAGUUCAUUUUGAAAAUAUCUCCGGAAGGCAUUGUAGGGGAGAAGUAUAAAAGUGGUGGAACCUUACUGGAUCGACCAAUCUCAACUGGAACUCAAGAAUAUGGUACUAUCCAAGACGAAUGGCCUUUAACUCAACCCAUUCCAAAGCUGGAAUCUCUAGUACAAUGUUCAGGUGAAGCAGAAUACAUCAUGGACAAACCACUUAGACCAAAUGAAGUUUUCUGUUCAUUUGUCACAGCACAAGCGCCCCCUGGGUCGACAAUUGUUAAAAUAGAUGCAUCCAAAGCUCUAGCUCUUCCUGGAGUUGUAGCGUUUUAUGAUAUUAACGAUAUACCAGGAAGUAACAUCUUCACGCCAACAGACGUAAACGUGUUUUCCGUAGAAGAGGAGUUAUUCUGUAGCGGCAAAGUCACAUACUACAAUCAACCCAUUGGAAUAAUUGUUACAGAAACAUCAGGUCUUACUUUUACAGCUGUCCCCUUGGUCAGUGUAACGUAUGAAGCUCCUACCAGUAAACCCUAUCUGGACGUCAGAGAUGUGGUUAACGAUAAUGUUGAGUCUAGAAUUGAAUUACAAGAUACUCAGAAGCGACUCAGAAAAGGAGACGAUGUGAAGAAAGUUGUUAAAGGAGACAUUUACCUAGGGCCACAAUACCAUUUCCAUAUGGAAGUUCACUGUUGUAAAGUCGUACCAACUGAAGAUGGCAUCGACAUUUUCCCUACUUCACAAUGGAUCGAUGGCAACCAGAUCGGAGCUGCAGUUGUUUUGAAUUUGCCUACAAAUAAGGUGAAUGUUAAAGUCAAACGCCUAGGUGGAGCUUUCGGCGGCAAAAUGUUCAGAAAUGCCCUAGUUUCAUCGGCAACUGCUCUAGCCGCAUACAAACUUAAGCGACCUGCCACAAUGAUCAUGUCUUUCCAACAAAAUAUGAACAUUAUCGGCAAGCGCUAUCCUACGUAUGUAACGUAUGAGGUCGGAGUGAACGAUACAGGUGUUGUACAAUAUUUGGAUUCUAAAGUAUACUCCGAUUUUGGUCUUGGAGGUAACGAGCCAUUGGGAGAUAUGCUGAUGGAUGGUUUAAGAAACUGUUAUGAUGUUUCUACUUGGCAAUUUUCUGCGUAUAAAGUGACCACUGACAGUGCACCAUAUUGUUACGCGAGAGCUCCAGGAACUUUGGAAGGAGUUGCUACAACAGAAAUUAUAUUUGAUGAAAUUGCCUACGCUGUAAAUCAGGACCCAAUGGAUGUAAGGCUAGCCAACAUCACUAUCCCACAAAUUCCCAAGUACUUGGAGGAUUUAAAAAGUUGGACUGAUGUUGAAAAGCGAAAAACCGCAGUUGCUAAAUUUAAUAAAGAAAAUAGGUGGAAGAAACAAGGCAUCUCAAUAGUUCCAAUAGAGUGGUAUUUGGAGGUAGCAGCUACUUACUCAGUAGUUGUUUCAAUUUUCCACGCUGAUGGAGGGGUUGCCAUUUCCCAUGCAGGUAUAGAAAUGGGUCAAGGUAUUAACACAAAGGCAGCUCAAGUCUGUGCCUAUAAAUUUGGAAUACCACUCGAUAAAGUAUCUAUUAAGCCUACAUACAGUUUCAUUAAUCCGAAUGCCACUUCCACAGGAGGUAGCUUAACCAGUGAAGCAGUUUGCUAUAGUAUAAUAAAAGCUUGUGAUAAGCUUCUGGAACGCAUGCAGCCUAUAAAAGAUGGAUUGGAAGAUAAAUCAUGGGAAAAGGUAGUUGCCGCGUCAUUUGCUGCAAAUAUUCAAUUAAAUGCCACAGGAUUCUAUGGUAGUGAAGACCCUAUGAUACAAAAAUAUCCCGUAUAUGGUAUUUGCUGCACAACUGUCGAAGUAGAUUUGUUGACAGGCAAUCACGAAAUGCUGCAAGUAGAUAUUAUCGAGGAUCUAGGAGAGAGCAUGAGUCCGUUAGUAGACAUAGGCCAAAUUGAAGGAGCAUUUGUAAUGGGUAUCGGCUACUUCACAACCGAAGAACUUAUUUUUGACAAAGAUGGUCAACUCUUGACUAACAGAACUUGGACAUACAAACCACCCGGGGCCAAAGACAUUCCUCAAAAAUUUAACGUAAAGUUUGCUGAAAAUAGUCCUAAUCCAGUGGGAGUUCUCAAGUCUAAAGCUGUAGCUGAACCGCCCAUGUGUUUAACAGUAUCUGUCCUACUUGCUCUUCGGAAUGCACUAUCCUCUGCUAGGCAGGAUUCUGACGCAAGUAAAGCAUUGUUGGUACCCGUUGAUGGACCACUAACAGUCGAGAAGGUGUUCCUUAAUGCACUCAAUGAUUAUAAGCAGUAUGUUUUGAAUUAAUUAAAAUGAAGAUAUAGUACUAAGCAUAUUUAUAUUUUUUUUAAUAUUAGUAACAUUGUUAAAUAAAUAAAUCUGGUGAAGGAUUUCUGAUGUAUAA